GCAACGCUUGUUGAAUUGUGCGACCGAUUGUGCUGUUAUGAUGUGUUGAUGCGGCUGCCUGUUUUGUCUUUAUUUCAUCCUGCCUCUGAUGACAGAAAUACAGAAGUAUCAGCCAACCUCUUUAGGGUUAGUGUGUGUGUGUAGCAGUGUGUGUAUGUGUGUGUUUGUGUGUGUGUGUUAGUUCUUCUUUCACAUACCGCUGCUGUGGGAGGAUGAGGAAGUAGAGUUUUGAAUUUGUCGCAGUGGAUGUCCUGUAGGUCUUUGCUGGCUUCUGUUGGCUCCAACCAUCCAGCUGUGCGUGUGUGUGAGUGUGAUGGCUGCAGACUGAGGACCUCCACCUGUGGAUUUUAACAACACACACACACACACACUCACACACUCCUCCUCCUCCCUGGACCGUGGACACCUGUGGGAAAGAGGUGCACAGGAACAAUGGUACAGUACCACACCUUUAUUUCCUCUCUCUCACACUUUUACUCAGAUAUAAUGUGUGUGUCCAAUCCCGAAGAAAGCUGCUGUUUCUUGUGUUCUUCUCAUUCACAAAGACGAGAAUCUUGACUUGUGUAGCUUUCUCACCAAAAGUUUGAGACUUUUUUUCUCCACCCUGAAAUGGCGACAAAUAAUCAGAAUUUGUGUUCCUCGUCUGUUUCUGUCUAAGAAGGUUUGAGAGUUCUUGUCAUGCUUGAAAUUCAGAUUUUAUUUAGUGAUGUGAUAGUGUUUCAGAAAACUGGGCCAUCUUUUAAAGGAAAUUCAGCACCGGCAGCGGCACCAGAUGAGUUUCCUCUUUUACAAGACAACCUCUUUCAAUGAGACACACUAGAGACAGAAAAAUACACCAGAUGUGUAACAUUUAUGUUCAUGUUUAAUAUCUAAAAUAUGGCUUUGGGCUUUUAAAAUCUAGUUUCCAGGUGUGCACAGUGCUGUUUCUGUUGAAGAUAAUCUGAACGGAGCAUUAUCUAGGUUAAACAUUGAGCUGUGCUGAAUGUAAUCUCAGUUUCUAAGAUUUCUCUCUCAAAGAUGUUUCUUCAUUCGGGGGAGCUGCCACAGAAUAAUGCAGGCAGUUGCAUGAAGAGAAGCUGAAGCGUGAUCAGCGUUUGAGUUUCACAAGAGGCAGAGAUGAGGUGUGAGAGGGGGAAGUGGACCACAGGAGAGGGCCUGUAGUUUCUGUCACAACACUUCCUCCUCUGACUCUGUGAGGUCUUGGUACUUUUAAAAGUCUUAUUACAAAAACCAAAACAUACAGACAAAAGACUAAAACCUCUCAAAGGUGUCUGAAAAGUCAGAGUUCAGGGUAUUUAUCACCGACAUCAUGCAGCUGUUGUCCUUCAAGAAAAAGAGUCUCAGAUAACAGGAGUGGAGUCUGAGAGGAAGCAGACAGGCAUGGCCAAAAGUGAGAGAGAAAAGCACGAUCUGCCGCAGAAAUACCAGCUGUGUAGUGUGCCGCUUUUUUGACGGUCAGCUGUCACUUUGUUUUUCUUGUAAACACUGCCUCAAACUUCAUGUGAAAAGCAGAGAGGUUUAGAGAUCUCAGCAACGAAAACCACAACAUGACCGACAUGAUUGGUGUUUAUUUUUUGCUCCCUUAGCAUCAAAAAUUUGCAUUUGUAACUGAACAGUAACGUCACUCGAGUGAUUUCUCAAUCUCUGAAAAGGAGAGUUUAUCUCAGUGAAGCUGAUAGCACUGGUAUCAGCUAAUUCUAUACAUAUAACUAGAAUGUUUUUAUUGUCUGGUUAAAGUUGAAGAGGUUUUUGUUUUCUAUAUUAUUGUAUUUUAAAGAAGAAAAUAAACAGUAUCUAUCAUGAGCACUUUGUGUAGUAGGUGCAUGUGCCACAUUAGCCCAAAUAGACUGAUUUUAAUGCAAAAUAAAUCACUUUUGAGUCUAUCAUAAUAAAGAAACUCAGUACUAGAUAAUAGAUUAAAUAGAUACCUUUUGUGGUAGAUUAGCAAUCCCUUCUCUGGCUGUGUGUUCAGACAGCAGAAGUGUACUUUGUGAGUCGCAUGGUUGCACACAAACUCAUAUCAAGGCCGGUCCACGCUGGUUGCAAUUUUUUUCACCCCAGCCGUCACAGAUUUCCAACUUUGACAUACAAAUGUUAAAGAAGAGAGGCUGAAUGAAAUACAGCAACAAAAACGCUUGUGAUUUAAGAAUAAAUGUUUGAGAACUGACCUUUCGGAAAGCGCCCUCUCAUGGCUGCUAACAUUACGGCAGGAGCAAAGGUCAAGACAAGAUGAUGGGUCAAGGGAGUGUGUGCUUUGGAAUAAGAACCACAACACAGGUUCAAACAAGAGACUAAACUUAUGGACAGGUCUUGGUGUCUUUAAAGUAGACCCAAAAAACACAUCAGAGAGGUUUUUGUAUAAAGUAUAUUUGAAGAAACUAAUCCAUUUAUCUCAAACAAUCCCAGAUCUUUGAGGUUUAUUCUUAAACUGGAGCUCCCUGUGACCGUUUUAAAAUGUUCACAUGUUAUUUGCUGUCAUCAGGAUAUGUAGGAUGCGUAAUAUUUCCGUCUUGACCUGAGAGGGUAGUAGCUGGUUCAUCAUGUGUUCUUUACAGGCUGUAAAUGAGGAAUGGACACAGUUGUGCAAGGAGCUGCAGAACUUCCUGAAAUCACCAUAUUUCACUUAAAGCCUAACAGCUGAUUAGUGGACUUGUGGAUUUAAAACCACAGAGGGUUUAUACAGUAUGGAGACAGAAAGGGGGUUAAUCUGGGAGUCCUUGGUGACAGAAGGAAAAAAUUCAUACUGUUGUAUUGUUCAGCAUAGAUGUGGAGAUUUGACGCAUGAAAAUAUACACGUAAAGAUAAUGAAUUUGGGGUAAAAUGGUAAUUUAGUGUAUUCUUCAUGCAUAAAAACUAGACAGUGACAGACCGUGAUACACAAGAUGUUAUGUUCUUCAACGACUAUCAAUGUGGGCUCUUAUUUUGGACUCAACUCAAGACACGCAGUCUUCCUAUCGUAAUCUCCUGCCCUAACCCAUCAGUGAAAAUAGUCUGCAGUGCACAAACUUUUAUCGCUAUCGCUCUGUCAAGUUAAUAUCUAAUUCUCAUAAAUUAUUCAAUGAAGGUUCACCAAGCCAGAGAGAGAAAACAGAGACAAAGAUAUCAUGAACAUUUAUAAAACAACCACAUCGCUGCUUUCGGUUUCAAGGGUUUUGAGACAGUGCUUGGUGUGUUUAAAUUCGGCGAUACAAUACUAAUAUUACUCAACGUAUGACACGUACACAUUUAUUAUGUAACUACACAGACAAACACAAACAUGAAAUUAUAUCACAGGUUUUUUUUUCUAAGAAACGUCAGUGAAAAUGUUGAAGCAUUGAAGGUAGCAUUGACAUUAAUCUCUUACUCUUCUUUGUCUGAUGGUGAAUCACAAAAAUCAGAUUAUUUUUUAACCAAAAGGGUCACUGGUUAGUCACCGUCAGUAAAACAGAGAAUUGUCAAUUUUUUUUUAUUCUAUCUCUCUGUCUUAGAAAAGUUCAUCUUAGUGGUGACUCUAGGUCUGAUGUGGAGCAUGUGGAACAGCACACUUUGUUAAAGCCCCAAACCUCAACUUAAACCAACAAGGCAAUGACAAGAUUUCACACAUCAAACACACUGUGUCUUUUGGGAAAAACCCAAACUCAGGAUAGUAGUUUACCUCAGGGAACUGAAGUAAGGUGUCAGCAUGUAGCUCACCUGGAGAGCUCUGUCUGUGAGACACCCUUUCAUUACAUCUCCAAACAACACAACAGUCAUUACCCUAAAGUCUGCGCUGUAAGGUGGUUUUUGUAGUUUCACACAGCUACUGUGGCGCUUCUCUUAAAUGUCUUUAGUUAGACUAUUAGCUCACCUCAUCUGUGACCCGUUUCCUAGCAACCAGCCACCGCUUCCUUUCCUGGCAACCACAAUGGGUGACAUUUUUAAAAUGUACAUUUACACCGGUGCCAUGUCAAAGUGUUUUACCCACUCUGUUAGAAACUACAGAAGGCCCAGAUCUUUUCAUCGUAUUAACAGUCGUUUCUUGUCGUUUGAGCUUGAGAUACUGUUGAUUGUUUUUGUUGUACUUCAAGCAAGUCGGGAAUUUAAUGAAGUUAAGAAAAUAAAUCAAAAUGGAGGAGAGUCUGAUUUGAAAUUUCGUCAAGAGUAGAUCAAAAACAAGAAUCACAUGAUUUAUCCUUUACUUCACCUCAUGUGUGAGAUGGGUUUCCCACACUUAAGUGGUUCUCUACAUGACACUUGAACUCAUCUUCAUGUGUGAACUCUGUGGUUUGAUUAAAAAUAAAAUCUCUCUCGUCAAAACAGCAGCAUCUCACCCAACUUUCCACUGUUAUCCUUCCCUCUCUGUGUGUCCCUGUGGUGUGCGAUUCAGGCGAAGUAUCACUGGCAAAGUCAAAAUGUGAAGCAGAGCGGCGUGGAUGACAUGGUCCUGCUGUCCAAGAUCACAGAGGACGCCAUCGUGGAAAACCUAAAGAAGAGAUACAUGGACGACUACAUCUUUGUAUCCUUUAAGCUGAUAGUAUCAUAAUUUAUCAGGUUAUCCAUUUAUUUAGUUACAAGUGAGGUCAACUUGUGUUUAGAUUUUUGGGUGAAGGAAGUUAUUAGGAAGGUGUGAAGUUUAUGCUUUAUGUUCUUAUUUGUUUCAUCACUAUCUUUAUUUGCAUUUAAUCACUGAAAGUGCAGAAAAAACAGUCUUCAAAAUGCCAACUGAAGCACAGAAACAGUCAGUCAAACCAACAAAGAAGGGUUGAAAUACAAGAAAUUCUCUCUUCCUCGUCUGCAUUCACUUUGUGACUCAACAUCUCACUUCCGUUUUUUGCUGAGCACAGCUGAACUUCAGACCAUAUUUAGAGUCGGAGAAGCAGCUGACAUCACUUCAGGUAUAUUAAAGUAAAAGGUCGCAUUUACUAUAAGCCGACAACAAUUUCACUGAUAGGUCAUGUAUUCACGGGACUAUCAAUUAAGAUGAUUUACUACUAUUUUGACAUUAGGUCAAAGCUGAGUCAUGCGAUAGAGGAUUGACUUCCUCAUAGCGUGUAACUUUAUCUCUAUUUUAUCAAGACAUAUUGGCUACGUAAGUAUCUGAACAGCUUUAUAUCGGGUGUCAAGGGUGAGGUGUAAGAUAAACUCAUUACAGAUCCACAGAUCCUUUUUACAUUGAACCAAAAGCAGUCUAAUAGUGUGUCGUCUUGUUAUGAGUAUUAUAUGAACAGUAUUCAAAGUCUGUUGGUCUCUUGACCUUUUUGAUCACUGAUGUGAGUAAUAUCUCAGGAAAUACUGUGAAGGUUGAAAUGGUUUUUGGAUCUGAUUUUUAUGGUUCCCUGAGAAUUACUUCAAACAACUUUAGUGACCCUCUGAUUCUUCCACCAUGCUGCACCACCAUGAGGUUGACUCUUCUUGUUAUGUGAUGGCCAGUCUUGUCACUGUAAUCAUGAAUUUUAGUCUAAUUUGUAAGUGUCAAAAACUCCUCACAGGUUCUUUAAGGGGUUGAAUCUGUUGUUUGUUCUCUUGGAGGACUGAUUUGUUGAUUACAAACAAAAAGACAUAACUGUAAACUUGUAAGGAUGCAUUUUAAGUGCGCCUUGUUAGAAAAUGGUAAAAUUUGAACUUCCACAGAGAUGUGUCUUUUCGAUUGUUUUGAUUUUAAAGUUUGAAAGAGUCUCUUCCUUUCUUCAGCUGUUUCGAUUCCUCAGUUAAGACACUUGAAAAAGUUUCUCCCAACAUCAAGUCCGUAAACCAAGUCAAUCUCAGCCUAAAUACUAGAACUGACCAUUGUUAAGUGAACACCAUUAUGCUUAUAAAUAUCAGCCAAUGAGAUUUAUGUUUGAACUGCUACUGACAGAGUUUUACUCCCCUUUUUAUUGUGUUAAAUUCCAGACAAAGAAACCCUUGUAAACCACUUCCCUCUGUGCGCAGUGAUAAAAUGGCUUUCAUUACGACUCUGACAAUUUUUUUAUCUGCUUUGUUUUCAGUUUUGGUCAUAACAUUUAACUUGUCUUACAGUCAUUUGGUCCGACAGCCGUUAAGUGUGUUUAUCAGUACUCUUUUUAAAAAUUAAUUAGUAAGGAGAUCCUUCUGAUUCUUGCAUUUAUCAAAAAGAAAAAUACUGGUGGUUGUUGUUUAUUCAGGCUUUAUAAGGCUUUAUGAAAAUCUAUACAGGUUAUUUAUGAGCUUAAAGUCCCUCGGGGUCCUUGACUCCUCUCCUCAGACAUAUAUCGGCCCUGUGCUGAUAUCAGUCAACCCCUUCAAGCAGAUGCCUUAUUUCACUGACAGAGAGAUUGAACUUUACCAAGGAGCCGUGAGUAAAACUGCUCAGAAUCUCAUCAGCAGAAUUUGUUUCUACACUUAAUUAACACGAACUGACCAUGAAUAUUUCUUUGUAUCUAUCUGCUUUAGGCUCAGUAUGAAAAUCCGCCUCACAUCUACGCUUUGACUGAUAACAUGUACAGAAACAUGAUGAUCGAUGGAGAGAAUCAGUGCGUCAUCAUCAGGUAAGGCACAUGUGCUUUUGCUCUCAUUUUUGCUGAGAUUGUCUGUUUUCUUCUGCUAUAUGAUGUGCUUGUGUACCUCGAGGGAUGUUACAUUGCUUUGUGGUGUACUGUGUCCUAUUUUUCAUGGUGUUGUGGUAGUGGUGAGAGUGGUGCAGGAAAGACAGUGGCUGCCAAAUACAUCAUGGGUUACAUUUCUAAAGUAUCCGGAGGAGGAUCUAAAGUUCAGGUAGACACCGCCUCAGUGACUCAAAACAUCUUAAAGACUUCCUGCAGUUCAGGGGAGAGUUAUUUCUGUUGUGUCUCAUACGGUUUCAUCUCCUGUGUUUGCACCAGCAUGUUAAAGACAUCAUCCUACAGUCUAAUCCUCUUCUGGAAGCUUUUGGUAACGCCAAGACUGUACGAAACAACAACUCCAGUCGCUUUGUGAGUAAGCUUCAACAGUGGUGACUAUAUAAAACACAAAUGCAGUCUCAAUGAUGUUAAUUAUUGGUGUCUGAAGAGAUUUACAGACAGCCAAAAGGUGGCAGCGACCUACAGGAGGUGCUGCCAUCUGAUGCUAGAAAUUUACUGAGGGAACCCCACACUAGGAGGGGUCAAAAAAACAAAUUAAUGGGGGAUUUUGACUUGAAUUGUUGCUUAUUUCAUUCAAAACAGCACAAAAAAGUUUAAUACCAAAACAAAAUGUCAUCACUCACAUUCCUUAGAGUUCCUGAUAAAGAGCAGCGAUGUUUACCACUUCUACAUUAACUUUAUUUUGAACACCAGAGUUUGCUACUUUCUCAGUUUAAUUAUAAUCUCAAUUUCUGUAAACCACACACACUUCCACUUCUAUCCACUGCAGUCUUCUUAUUUACUCUUCUUCUGCAUGUGAGCGAUUACUUGACAGUCAGAGCUAGUCAUCUGUUUUCCAAGUAGAUGAGUUGCAAGGUGAAAACUGGGAUAGAAGUGAACUAGUUUAACUUUUGAAUCAGUAGAUAAUACAGAACUGAGACUUGAAGACUGUGUUGUAUAAUAAGAAGCUCAGGAGCAACUUUAUGACCCUUGUGAUGAGAUAAGUUUGUUAAUUUUUCUGUUUACAAGGUUAUAAAAGAUCAACUUUCACCAAUAUUUGUCAGUCUAUUCACAAUAUCUUCUUUAUGAAAUGUCUGAAAAUGCCCACAUGUAGUCGACAUUUUAUUCAGCCUACAGUUCAGAGUCAAAAGAACUGCUUUGAAUUUGUUUUGCAUGCACAGACAAUGAAUAAAAGCCAAUAAAUAGGGUAUUCAAUAUAAUCUCUUGGUUUACCCAUCAGCACUGGUUUGAAUCUGAGACGGUAAUUUCAUGUGAACCCCUGUCGUUUCCCACCAGCUAGGUCCUGAUGCGCUCACGUCACACCUUUAGGCCACAACAAGAAUCUUUUGAAUCUUAAAAAAACAUCAACUUGAGCAGAUGUUUCCGGAAAUUCUGACUUUGUUAAUCAACAUCAUAAGAAUUCCUCAAGUGUUUCCUUUUUGUUUAUUUAUUUGCUUUUGUUGGGGUUGUGGACAGGAUGGGAAAACUCCUGUGACAUAACAUAGACUGAGUUAUCUUCAGUGUUUUAGCUCCAAACCGUUCGUUGUCACUGAUUGUUCACUUGAUUUUUUUGCAUCUACCAGGGGAAAUACUUUGAGAUUCAGUUCAGCAGAGGAGGAGAGCCAGACGGAGGUAAAAUCUCAAACUUCUUGCUGGAGAAGUCAAGAGUCGUGAGCCAGAAUGAGAGUGAGAGGAACUUCCACAUUUACUAUCAGGUAAGACAGGUGUAUUCACAGUCACACUUUUUGUCUGUUUAACUGAUUUGUUUAUGAAGUUACCUAAAAGAGGAUGGACCCAGAGUAUUCCUCUGUUGUUUCUGCUGCAAAUAACCGCAUAUAGCUUCCCUUCUUGCACUGUUGUCUUUCAGUUGAUAGAGGGCGCCAACGCUCAGCAGAAAGAGGGCCUGGGCAUCAUGACACCAGACUACUAUUACUACCUCAACCAGUCUGGGACCUACAAAGUGGAUGGGACCAACGACAGCAAGGAUUUCCAAGAGACUAUGGUACAAAAUCUCAAACACACAAUGCCUGUUGGAUUUGAAGGAGUAAAAAACUGUUCCUCCUUACAACCUUUUUGCCAUUAUGGUCUCCUCUAUCCUAGUGUAGUGUGCUUUUACAAUAUUAUGAAUAAGCAAACAUAAAAACUGAACAAUUCAAUGUCCUGGCCCAGAUUCUGGGGCUUUGUUGGAAAUCCAGCCUUGAGGGAAAACACUCCGAUUUAUGGUCAACAAUUUAUUUACUUAAACUUGGCAUGAUUUAACACAGUUUUGUGGUCGCCACACACCUGGUAGACCUAUUCAAAGUGACUCUGACAGUGUGUUCAGACAUCGGAAGUGUACUUUGUGAGUAGCAUGGUUGCACACAAAGUCAUAUCAAGGCCGGUCCACACUGGUUGCAAUUUUUUCAUUCCAGGCAUCACAAAUUUUCCACACUGUCUUACAAAUGUUAAAGUAGAGAGGCUGAAUGAAAAAAAGUGACAAGAACGCUUGUGAUUUUUUGUAUAGUUUGUGAACUCAAUGUUAAGAAUAAAUGUUUGAGAACUGACCUUUCGGAAAGCGCCCUCUUGUGGCUGCUGACAUUAUGACAGGGGCAAAGGUCAAGAAAAGAUGAUGGGUUAAGGAAGCAUACUUUGGAAUAAGACUGGCUUUAAACCAUAACACAGGUUCAAACAAGAGACUCUCAAUCUAUAGACAAUCUCUUCGACGAGGUAGCGACAUUUUAGGUAAAUAAAGUUAAUAAGACUACACGAAGUUUAGAAUAUUUUUGAGUUACUUUUCUAUUUACUAGUAGUUUAAAAUAAAUACUUGGCGCAAGUUUACAAUAAAUACAAGCUACAAUACUGGAGAAUUACUUUGUGUCGCCGUAUAAACAAUCAUUUGGGGUUACUAGCAAACGGUUAUUUGCGAAACGAUUAGCCAAAAGAAACCCACUUUGAAAAGUAUCAGACAUUAAAUUCUAAUUCGUAAGAUGCUUAAAUGUGAAAAAGUUCUCUGCAAACCCUGCUUUAAGUGACAACCAAUUUUCAACAGCCAGCUACUGUAAUCAAAUUUAAUUAGACAAAUGAAAUGCACUCCAAAAACUAAACAUUUGGUUACUUUACUUACUAGGAUGUGUGGUAGUGAUGUUCUAACAGAUUGUGUUGGAUCGCCCAGAUCUUCAUGGUGUUGUGACCCUAAAGAACACUGUUUUUGUCACAGCUUAUUCCUCAAGUAAAAAUGUUUUAUUGAGUAAAAACUAAUACUUUUCUUUGAAUGAUAAAUUAUUUUUAAUAGACCUGACACUCAACUGCUUCUGUUUUGCUGUCUCCAGGAAGCCAUGCAGGUCAUUGGGAUCCCAGGAGACAUCCAGGCUCAGGUGCUGCAGAUCAUAGCAGGCAUCCUCCACCUGGGAAACAUCAGUUUCAUUGAGGCUGGGAACUAUGGGCAAGUGGAGAGCACAGACUGUGAGUGUGAACCAUGCACACACACACACAUAUCAGACACACAUAAAGUCAGCCAUCCAUGCGUGUACACAUAUUCCCACCUGGUUGUAUAAAUUGCCCUGUUUCUCUCCAAGGGGUAUGAGUUAAUUAAAGCGUACUAUGACAAAGCAGUCCCAUGGUAAACACGCUGUUAAUUGAUAGAGUCUGUGCACAUCAAUGCUAUGCUGUUUACCUCCUUCUUUGUCUGCUGCCUAUAGGGAUUCCCUGCCCAGCAGAUAAUUGGUAUUUACAUUCAGGGUAGCAUUAUUAUCAUUGCACAGGAGCCGUCUAGAAUUGCACGGUGUGUGCCGCUACACUCUAUGUAGGUUGCAGUAGCAUUAAUAACAAGAAAAUUGCCAGCCUCUAACAUAGACAAAUCUAAAUCCGUAUCACAAUCACUCAUUUUGACAUGACUGACGUAUUUGUGUUGAUUCAAAUAUUCCCUCUCAGUGCUCGCCUUCCCUGCAUAUCUGCUGGGCAUCGACCCAAACCGCCUGCAGGACAAACUGACCAGCCGGAAGAUGGAUUCAAAGUGGGGAGGGAAGUCUGAGUCCAUAAAUGUGACCCUUAACCAGGAGCAGGCCACCUACACACGAGAUGCCCUGGCCAAGGCCCUCUAUGCACGACUCUUUGACUACCUGGUAGAGGUAGUGAAACUUUUCACACAGCAGCAACAGAAACAGACUCAGUGAAAGAGGAAAUAACCUGUUUUUGGCAACCAGCUUCCUAAAUAUGCUCACAGUAAUUCACUUUUCUUCUGUCCUUUGUCUGUCUUCUCUAGGCCAUCAAUAAAGCCAUCCAAAAACCACAUGAAGAAUUUAGUAUUGGAGUACUUGACAUUUACGGCUUUGAGAUAUUCCAGGUUUGUCCCAUAAUCACCUUCAGUUCCGUAAUAUUUUCAAGCAGCUGUAAAACAACAGAUGUUUGUUUAAUCAUGAGGAAGCUCAGAUGGGCUGAUCUUAAUAAUGAUCUAUGAUGAACUGAAUUUUGUUUUCCCCUGGCAGAGGAAUGGCUUUGAGCAGUUCUGCAUCAACUUUGUCAAUGAGAAGCUGCAGCAGAUCUUCAUUGAACUGACUCUGAAGGCUGAGCAGGUAAUGAAAAAACGACAUUUAGCACUUCUGUUCAUUCUGCCAAGCCUCUAUAUUUCUAUAUUCAUUGUGUCUCGAUCACUGCAAUGUGCUGUUUUGGAUUAAGAGGGAGCUUGAGUCAUUUUUCCUGCUUUCUUUUAGGAAGAGUACGUUCAGGAAGGCAUCAAGUGGACCCCCAUCGAAUACUUCAACAACAAGAUUGUGUGCGAUCUCAUUGAGAAUAAACUGGUGAGCUCAUAACGGCAUGACCUUUGCAACCAACAAACUUCAUUCUCCCAUACAUCACCUACUGUGUAGAAGUUUGGGGGAACACAUACAAAACAAACACAGAAACAAUAUACAAACUCCAAAAAAGAGCAAUAAAAAUAGUAAAUAAAAGUACCAUCAGAGAACCAUCAAACCUACUCUUCAUCAAACUGAAGGCACUAAAGUUCAAGGAUUUGUCGAUCUCAAAACUAUUCAGAUCAUGUAUAAAGCAAAUCACAGCGUAUCUAAAAGUUGUUUCAAAUAAGAGAAAACAAACAUAAUCUCAGGGGAAUAUGCAUAUUUUUAAAAAACAACCUAUACGUACCAACACAAAAAUGCACUUUACAUCAGUCAAAGGAGUUCAUCUGUGGAAAAGUUGCAGCAAAGAAAUGAAAACUUGCAGAUCACUGAGCAAGUUCAAACUUAUUUUUAUAAACCACUGAUAAAUGGAUAUAAGAGAGAAACAUGAAUUUAUAACAAUGAGCAACUUGCCUUUUUUCCAAUAUAUUUUCGUUAUUCUGUGCUGUUAUUCCUACACAUGCUCUGACUGAUUAAAUUAUAGAAACACAACAAUAAAAGGGUAGAACUAAAUACGUUUUCUCAACUUCAUCCUACACCUUUUUGAACAAACUAUGAUUAUCUAUGUUGCUUCAGAGCUGUCUCUUUAAUUGUUUUUCUUUUAACCUGUUCGAAUAAACAAAUAAACUAACAAAUGAAUCCACACUAAUUGCUUUGAAUGGUGUGCUUUUCUUGCAUUGACUAGCUUCAUAUGUGUGAAACCUAUCCCGUAUUGUGAGUGUUUGCUGUUAAAUUCGUCCAUACCAUGUUUCAACAGAAUCCUCCUGGUGUAAUGAGCGUGCUGGAUGACGUGUGUGCCACCAUGCAUGCCAAAGGAGAAGGCGCAGAUGGUACUUUGCUGCAAAAACUGCAGGCGGCUGUUGGUACGCACGAACAUUUCAACAGCUGGAACUCUGGCUUUGUCAUACAUCACUACGCUGGCAAGGUAGGAACCUGACAUCAGUCAAACCCUCUCUCCCUCAGCAUCAAUUCAUCCCUUUGACAUGAGUUUUUGUCUAAUUCAUUUUACUAUAGAGUUUCUGCCUGUGAGGUUUGUUUGACCAAUAAAACUUGUCAUUGCACAAAUACCAUUAACAAGCACAAUAUAGAGCAAAUAAUCAGACAAUGUGCUUUACUAAUAAACAGUGUUUGCUCGCUUGGUAAAGUCAACACUGCUGUGACAAUGCCUGUCAUUUCAGGUGUCAUACGAUAUUAAUGGCUUUUGCGAGAGAAACCGGGAUGUGCUCUUUCCAGACCUCAUCGAGCUCAUGCAAAGCAGUGAAUAGUAAGUCUAUUAUGCCAGUCUUUUUUUUUCAGCCUUAAAUACAAAAAAAAAAAAAAGCACAGUAAAAAUUAAAUCCCCAAAUUAUGUCUCCGCAGUGACUUUAUUCGCAGCCUUUUCCCUGAAAAUCUGAACACGGAUAAGAAGAGCAGGCCCACCACCGCUAGUUCAAAGAUCAAGGUGAGUGGUGAACCUGAACUGAAGUCUUCCUCAAAGCCCCUGGGUUUAUUCAUUAGGUGGUCAUGAGACUGAAGAGAUUAAAAUGAAUGUCAGAUAGAGCCAGCAGCAAGACUGUUCAUUUCAACAUAAUUUUAACAGUUCCAAAACAGCUUAUAUUUACACAAUCACUGACAACAAUUCAUAGAAAGUUGUACAUUUAAAUAUUUAAGACAAGUCUCACUCUGAUUGUUUUUUUUUUCUCCUUUUUGAAGAGUUCUCUGUGGUCUUUAAAUUGUGAUUAUGAAGUUUUUAGCCAAAAUCACGUUACCUGUGUCAUUUCUGAGGACUUUUCUUCUGCAGAGAGCUAGCAGCUCAUUAGCAAUUAGCCUCUAAGUCGUGGGAGGAGACAGCGCUGCUCUGUACACUUCUCUUUGCGUUAGCUUGUAGCCUAACAUUGCCAGUGUUGUAGAAGUAGCAGGUAACACAGGAGCUAUUCAGCUCUCAGACACUAAUGUCUCUAGAGGUGUGAUGACAGCUAAUAUAAUUAGCUUUCACACAAGCAUUGCAAUCCGCUAAUGCACACGCUUGUUCCGCGAUUGUCCUCUAUUUCUCUGAGCCUGGUUUGCAUAGCAGGGCUCGGGGGGCGGAGCUUAGAUUUGCUACGUAUGAAAUCUCACUUUUUCUGAAACUGCCGUUUAGGUCUGCCAGGGAUUCACAGCGAUUUGAAUGAAGAAAUACUCAAAAAAGCAAUUUUGCACUUAUUUUUCUCAUGAUAUGUCCUGUAGCAUCAGAAAAAAAUGCUCUAUGAACAUGUAAAAAACAAGAAAAACAUGAUUUUCAUCGGAGUGGGUCUUUAAGGCAGCAGGAUGAGAUCAUCAGAAAGCAAUACAAGUACAGGGCAAGUUCAGCAAAGUGACAGCUUUACUACUUUGACCACAUGGGGUGCCAAAGGUUCCUUACAGGAGCUUUAAGUAAAUAUAAACUGUAAUGUUGAUGUCUCUUUUUUAGCUUUGAUUGUGUGUUAAUGUUCCUGACAGAAACAAGCCAACGAUCUGGUGAACACACUGAUGAAAUGCACUCCACAUUACAUCCGCUGUAUCAAACCCAACGAGACAAAAAGACCAAAAGACUGGGAGGAAAGCAGGUCAGUAUCCUCACAUCAGCGAGCAUAAACACAUAAAACAUGUAGUUAAUGCUCCUAAUGUGCGGUGAUGUUCUGUGUGAUUGUAGGGUCAGACACCAGGUAGAGUACCUGGGGCUCCGGGAGAACAUUCGUGUAAGAAGAGCUGGCUUUGCCUAUCGCAGAGUCUUUAACAAGUUUCUGAUGAGGUGAGUUAAGUCCGAAAGGAGAAACCUGCUAAAACGCACUCAUGGGUGUGAGUUUUAAAUUGUUGUGUAUAUUCUUGUUGUUUCCAGGUAUGCCAUUCUGACUGCAGAGACGUGGCCAUGUUGGAGGGGUCAAGAGCAGGGGGGGGUCCUUCACCUCCUCCGCUCUGUCAACAUGGACAAUGAUCAAUACCAGCUGGGACGCACCAAAGUCUUCGUAAAGAACCCUGAAUCUGUAAGAGACACUUUAUAGAUUUUAUUCAUUUAUUUGUCAGUUUAGCUUUGAGAAACAGUCAAAUCUAAAACAUUUAACCCUGCACAACAACCGAGUGAACUGCACUAUGUGUUUUUAGCAAGAUGCUAAUUUGGGAUACUUUAUAUUGUAGACUUGGUUGUGUUUCAAACCUGUUUAAAUGAGGGUUAAAUGAUGCCAAGUACACUAUAAAGACUGUAAAUUAAAUAUUUUCAUAUAACUUCACUUUAUGUAUAUUUAUGCUUUUAAAGAAAGAAAUUACUUAUCAAGAAAAGUUAAACCAGAACAUAUCUCAGAGCUUUUGAUAGCUCAGAUUAUGGAGACGACCAAUUCGGUCACCUAACCUGUCUCUGUCUCUUUGUUUUUCCUUAUUUAUUUAUUUAUUCUUUUUUUUUUUAAUUUGAUAUUGCUCUUAAAUGUGUUUUAAAUGUUUUAUACUGUUUUUAAUGUGAUUUGUACAGUGACCUUGAGUGUCAGAAAGGUGCCUUCAAAUAAAAUUUAUUAUUAUCGUUAUUAUUAUUAUUAUUAUUAUUAUUAUUAACCAAAUUUCUUGGCUGUACCAGGUAGAAAAAAGUGACUGCUCCUUUUCCGUAGUACAUCUUAAGUUUUAGAUUACACUCUUUCAAAUAGACUCUAGCUCAUUUUUUUUAGCCUUUGAUCUGUGAAUGAAUUUGCAGCUUUACGAGACCAAUGUUCAUUUGUAUUUCUGUUAGAAAAUUUCUUGUGUUCAAUAAUAGAUGCUAACUUUGAACUCAUGCUCUUUCCUUGUAGCUUUUCCUCCUUGAGGAGAUGAGGGAGAGGAAGUUCGACACCUUUGCCAGGAUCAUCCAGAAAGCCUGGAGAAGGUUUAUCGCCUGGAAGAAGUAUGAACAGAUGAGAGAAGAGGGUGAGUUACAAAGCAGAAAUGUUCUCCAACUAAAGUAUAAGUAUGAGGUGCUGUGAUGAAUAAUGUUUGUCCGUCCAUGUGUUGUGGCACAGCCUCAGACAUCCUGUACAACUCCAAGGAGCGGAGGAAAAACAGUAUCAACAGGAACUUUGUCGGGGACUACCUGGGCCUGGACCAGAAGCCUGAGCUGAGGCAGUUCUUGGCCAAGAGGGAGCGUGUUGAAUUCGCAGAUUCUGUCAACAAAUUUGAUCGCAGGUUCAAGGUGAAGUUCCAACAAGUAUUGUUAUGAUGGGUUUCCUGAACAAAUAAAGAAAUGUGCACUCACAUGAAUCACAAGUCUGACCUCUUCCCCACUCUUCUUCUCCUUUCUAGUAUUGCUCACACCUCUCACUUCUUUUUUUCCCAGUCCAUCAAGAGAGAUCUGAUCUUGACCCCAAAGGGCAUCUACCUGAUUGGCCGAGAGAAGGUAAAGAAAGGACCUGAGAAAGGAGAGAUAAGGGAGGUCCUGAAAAGAAAACUGGAGUUUGGGAGCAUCAGUGGAGUCUCUCUCAGGUAGGUCGCUGGUUUUUAAGACACUACCACUACACUCAGCAGCUGUGUGUGUGUGUGGUUUAUUAUUAGGUGUAAAUUUACAAGAAGUGGUACUCUUUGCUCUGUAUAGGAAGUCGCUUCUUAAGUGAGACUAAAUAAGGAGAUACACUCAUGACAGAACUAAAACUUAGUUUGGCUGUUUUAUCAGCUAAAAACAUAUACUUGAUUAACAAUAGAGUCACUUUUUUGUCAUUUUCCUUCAUAUCCAGAAAGAUACGUAAUUACUUGAAACCCUGAGACUUGAAUAAAAAUGGAGAUCUGUGUAAGAUCUUAAGGUAAUGGUCUGUUUGAUUGUAUUUGUUCUUCCAGUACAAGACAAGACGACUUCUUCAUCAUACAUGAAGCUCAGUAUGACAGUCUGCUGGAGUCAAACUUUAAGACCGAGUUCCUCAGCUUGCUCUCCAAACGCUACGAGGAGGCGCUCAAAAGGAAACUGACAAUCUCCUUCGCUGACAGGUACAGAGGACCGCAACCUCAAACUGAUGAUAUUUGUAGAGAAAACCGCAAACACAACAAAAUCUGUUGACAUGUUUUCUUCUCACUCAGGCUGGAGUUCAGAGUGAAGAAGGAGGGUUGGGGUGGAGGAGGCUCCAGGGUGGUGGUGUUUCAGAGGGGACAGGGGGACCUAGCCCAGCUCAAACCUGGAGGGAAGACUCUCACGAUUACAGUGGGAGAUGGUUUACCGAAGUCCUCCAGUAAGUUUAAGUAAUGUGGAACCAUAAAAAACUAAAGGAUAAAUUUCAUAAACAGGGGAAAAAAUCUAUUUAUUGAAUGUAACUUAAUCUGCAUCUCCUCAGAGCCCACCAGGAAGAGUGCUCCACAGUCUCGUGGUGGAGGGAGAAAUAAUUUUGCCAACAGAGGUAAAUUCAUGUUUCUAACAUGCUGCAUCUCCUUUAGUUACACUAUUACACCUUGCUUUGUUCAGUCUGUGUUUGUUAACCCUUUAAUACCUGACACCACAAAUUAUGGCCAGAAAAUUCACAUUUUUUUGGAGCUGAAAUGUUUAUCUCACUUAGCACUGAAAACCCCAAAAAUCAAAAUGUCCUUAAUAUUUAACAAAUAUAUUUAUUUAUCUCGUUUGAUACAUUAGAUGUUUUUGGAAACAUGAUAAACUGCAAAAGGACAUUUUUAUCAUUUAUCGGACUGCUUCAGGUGCUUUUUUUAAUAAUUUGUUGAUCAUAUUGAUUUGAUAGAAGCAUAUAAAAGUAUGUUUCAAAUAUGAUACAAAGGGCUAACCAAUGACUCACAGUGGACCAGUAGAGCUGUACUUAAGAUCAGUUUUCCAGGUACUCUAAAGCCUUUUAUAUUUUCAACUCAACUCCACUUUUUGAUUCAUGAAAUCUACUUUUACUGAACUACCUCUGUCUUACAGCUACAUUUACUCUUAAGACUGAGAUUUUACAUAUAAAACAUACUGCAUAGAUAUAGAGUGCAAUCGAUUACAGUGAUUGGAGGUGAGUGGUUGUGUUUUAGUGAAGAAUAAGCUCAAGUUUCAUCACUACAGGAUGUAUUUUCAACAAGUUACGACAGAAAAAAAACAAUCUGGUGUAAGAGUUCUACAUCUACAUUUACCAUACUGGUAGUCUACAUCUUAGUUUAUAUUUUAAAAGCAGCUAAAGCAACAAAGGAUGGUCUCCACAUCAUAUACAUAUUUCAGGUCCAGGAGUUAAUAUUUUGUGGCCACAACCUUAUUGUUAUAAAAUGUCACUGGAGGGGCUCUGUAAUUCAGGAAUAAGCAUUUAAGUUGCAUUUCAGUGAGUCAUUUAGUUCAUCUUUACACAGCGCCUUUAUGAAGAGUACAUACAAUCUUCAUACCUCUACAUUUUAGUGCUCCUGCUACUCUACUUGCAACAUUUUUAAUCAUGGGACUUGUAGUGCGUUUGAACUGAAGGAAUUUGGUAUAAAUACAAAAUGUAUUUUCAGGCCAGUGUUCUGACUCAGGAGGUUAUUUUGGGCUUCAUCUUGACCUUUAACCCUCUGUCUCUCUCCUUAGCUCACCAGAAUGGAGCAGCCAAGUUUUCCAGAGCACCUCAACAACAUCAGCAACAAUCAGACAUCAUGUACUCCUCCCCACACAAACAAGCUAGACCACCCAGCACAGCUCCACCCAAACUGGGCCCCACCCAGAGGGCUCCCAGGGUCCCAGCCCACAACCAGCACAACCAGGGGAACAUGGACUUCCUCAACGUGCCUGACCAGGGCAUGUCUGGGUAAGAACCGUAGAGGGAAGAACCAUCGCAUUUGAGGGUGGAGCUGAUUAGUCACUGAGUAUCUAUCCCACUGAGCUGUUAAGGCAUGUCAAGGUGAGGCUCAACGCUCACCAAGCAAGAGCAGAUGAAUGAAUUUUGUAGUGGAGGAGAUAAACCUGUUUUUAGAGAGCUGGCAUUCUGAUGCUUUACUAGUUUCUGUCAAGGCCUGGCUGUGUGUGAUACUCAAAGGAUUGUGUGUGUAAUCCUCUGGUUUAACGGCUUCUAAAGUAUGGAUAUGGAUUGUUUGUGUGUGUGUCUGUAUAUAAGGAGGGUGAGGGGGGUAGAUAUGUUUAAAAAAAUCCAUAAAGCAAACUGUUGCCUGGAAAAUGGUGGUUUUAUUAUCUUAUCCAGCUUCUAUAGCAAGAAGCUGAAACUACAGGUGUGUAUUUUGACACAGUUGUUCACAUAUUCAGCAGAUUAAACAUUUUCCUGUUGACUUCUUGUAUCUAUUGAUGGUUGUAAUUUUGGUCUAGAAGGUGGUUUGAUGAUGCUUUUGCCAUCUUGUUGUCAUGUGAUGUUUUAACUUUGGUUUUUAAUGUUGAAUGUUACUGCGUUUGUUGUGGUUGUACAUGUCUGCAUAAAUUCUUUCCCUCUGGGGACAUGGGAGUUGAAGUUGAAGGACCGCACACUAACAAAGAUGCAAUCCAACCUGUUCACAGCUUCUGCAAUAGUCAUUUAUUCGUAUGAAGAAAGGGCAUCCGGCCAAGCGUUCCAGUGGGACAUGUUUGCCAUGUGUUGCAUAGUUUACAGUCCGCUAAAUGCCUCGAGGAAGAAGAAUAGAGGUGGUGUUGAGACACAAGGUUUGAGGGCAAAUUGUUUCCUGCACCUGCAUGCAGAUGAUUGCCAUGGGUUACAAGUUUGCAUGACAGCAAUUCUGUUCUGCCUUCGUUUCUCAUCACAUGAAUCGUUUCCCUGCGACCAAAUCAAACAGAAACUCCUUUAGAGGCUCAGCUAGGAUUACAAACAGAAAACACAACAUUUUUGACGCCUUAAACUGUGUCUCCUGACUGCAGACUCUAUACUAAAAAGUAGAAAUCUGUCUCAGAGUUUUCUGGGUGUCAGUUUUGUUUCCUCUUGUCAGCAGCUCUUUGUAUCUCUCUCUUUAUCACAGGAAGCAGAGGAAAAGGAGCAUCAGUCAUAGACCUCCUCCUGCUCCUAAACCACAGCCUCGACCCCAGGGGCCCCGCUGCCGGGCGUUAUAUCAGUACGUUGGCCAGGAAGCGGAUGAGAUCAGCUUUGAUGUCAAUGAUGUGUUUGACCUUGUGAAAGAAGGUGCGUGAAAGAGACAGAAUCAAGAUGGAGAGAAACUUAAAUACUGCAAAUCCUCGUCUAUAGGCCAGGUCAUUUAUUUGUUAAUACAGCCCAAGGCCUUUAUAUGAGGUAGGCUUUAAUUAGAGGCAUUAUCUGAGAAUUAUAACUGUUCAAAGCGAGGGUCUCAUUCACUAACUCCAACCAAUAAUUAAUAAAAUUUCUCACAAAGCACAAAGGGUUUAAUACUCCUGAGUGUCAGUGAUGUUAGCUUCAAUUGAAGUGGUUACUUAUGCCUUCAUUUAGAGCAAAUAACAUGUCUCUCUCUGUGUAAAUCAGCAAUAAAACAAGGCCACAAACCAUUAGAGUGACAUUUUUUAACCAAACGUGAUUGAGUAAUACUAGGUAUCAUCGCACUGACCUUUUGGUGAUUAGGAAAACAAAGUAUCCUCUGAAUGACCCAGAAAUAAUAAUCAACACAUGUGUUUAUAUGGGGAUGCUCACAGAGUAAACUCAGUCACAACAAAAAGAAAAAAGUAACAAACUUCACUGAAAUGAUCUGUAAAUGUGGUCAUAGCCUGAUUUUACAGAAUGUUAGUGUGUUUUUAGGAUCCCGGCCACAGAUUAAAUGGUGGUAACUAAUUGAGGAUUGAUGGUGGAUGUAAAAAUAUAAUAAUAAUAAUGAUAACAUUUAAUUAUAUAGCACCUUACAACAUCAGGAAAGAUGAACACAGUGCUUUACAUAACAAAUACACAGUCAAAUACAGGACAAAUGUCACAGGAUAUCAUAACAAUAAAAAAGGUAAGAGAACACAGAAACAAUCAAAUAGCAAAUGGCAAAUGCCACUAAAUAUUAAAAGUCUGUCUAAAUAGGUGAGUUUUAUAAAAAGUAAUGUAUUAUUUAAGAUAUUUGAUGAAUCUGACUGGUCUGAAAUGAUUUGCUUCUUCUCUCUGUAGAUCCAUCAGGCUGGUGGACAGGCAGGGUUCAAGGAAAGGAAGGUCUCUUUCCUGGGAACUAUGUGGAGAAGAUCUGAACACAACAGGAGGAACUUCACCAAUGAGCAAAGAGUAUACUGUUAAAAGCAGUGCAUACUCUUUGUUAAAGAGACUACAAGUGAAUCGUUGGUCCAUCCAUAUUGGACACAAGGCUAUUAAAGGAUGGUCCUUGCUGAAAGUUGGGACAUGUAUUACUUGUUCUGCAGAUGGUGACAGGCGUCGCUCCUUAAAACACAAAUCUACAACAAAGAGCUGCGUGGGGUUCAUCUCUGUGUUGUUAAGGACUCUUAUGUUUUGAAUGACACACCAGGCCUUAGUCUUAUCCCUGUCUACAAUAAUGCCUCUCUGUGGGAGGUGAAACAAAAUCUUUAAAGAAAGAAUGUUAAAUUUGAACACACAGGUUGUUAAUAGAAGCUAUUAAUCUAGGUAAAAUUAUCUGGCCGUUGAGUCUGUACUAUCAAGAUGUACAGUCAAAGUUAGUAGAAACAGCUGAUAUAAAGAAAUGUCAGCUACAUUAACUUAUUUCUGGGGGUUAAACCUUUUUUGCAACUCCAUUUGUAGCACAAAUAAAAAUGUGAUGGUAAAGGCUCCAAGAGUCAGGGCAUGUAUAGUCACGUAUAAGUGCCUGAAAUAACCCAAAGUUACAGCCUUAACAGACAGAAAGUGACCUGAAAUGACUGCAUGUCUUCCUGAUGUCUACUUAGUUCAUGUUUGCCUGGAGCUUUUCUUAAGAAAUCGUAUAGUGCUCAGUAUUCAUGAUUGAAACUAAAGCAUACAAUCAAGUUAAACAUGUUCUUUUUUUCUAUGUUGAAUAUAAAACAAGAGAACUUGGAUGUAACGUUUGCACUGAGACAAACCUGCUUCAUGCUCAUUACUGAAAAAAGUCCUUUUAUUUCAGUCUAAAUAAAAAUUAGUUUUUAAAAGUUUUUUUUUUUUUACUCGUGUUGUUGUCAGGAUAAGUUUCUCAUGUGAUUUUUAUCUCAUUGAAAGAAAAAUUUAUAUUUUUUCAUAUUGUUUACCUCAAGGUUUCUGCACUGUUUUAGAUAACGUUAUCAGUAGGUUGUGAAUAAUUUCUAAUAAAGAACAGAAAGAGGUGACCAAUUUUGCAUUUGAAGUUCGAUUGCCUUUUUUAAAAAAAUGUUUUAUUUGCAGUUGAUUUUGUGAAAUAAUGUAACUGCCCUCCUGUUGAUAAAUGUCUGUUUUGUUCAUGACUAAUAAAGAAAAAAAUAAAGGUUGAACAAUCAUGA